AUGGAGUCUAUCGUCUCCAAAGUGCACGCCGAGCUCGUCGACCUCGCAGCGACAUAUGCAGACGCUGGGCGUGAGAACGUCACGCUCAGUCUGAUGGCAGACUUCCAGCGCGCUGUGUUCCCGCUGCUCGACGAGCGCAUUCGCAUCAAGGACCUCGAGCAGUCCGAGGAGCUUAGGGACGAGAUGGUACAGCUGCUCAGAGACGAGCAUCCCACGGAGCCUGCAUGGCCCUACCUCGACCAGCUGGACAAGCAGGACAGGUGCUUCGCCAAGAUGGGGUGUAAGUUCCAGCUCGGAGCAGGACUCUACAGGUCGCCGUCAUGCGAAGAGCACUUUGUGUGCAAAAAUCACCAGUCGAGCCCUUGCAUCGCGAAGCACGAGCAGGCACCGGACUAUAUCAGCAAGACUAAGCACGAUGAGAAGGAAACAGGUGCAAGCCCAGAGAAGCCGGAAAAAGAGCCCCGAGUAAGGGCAGAUCUGGCAAAAAGUAUGUUUGGGGAUGAGGAGGCAGACAGAGCAGAUGUAGUAGAGAAGUCUGCGGGUAAAAGAGACGCAGACGACGAACGAUUGUCCGAGCCUCAGGCGGAAGAGAUUCCCGAGAAGGGAAAGCCAACCAAAGAAGCAGCGGCCAAAGGGGCAGCAGACACAAGCGCUUUGAAGGGGAUGGUUUCUUUCGCCGACGUACUAGGCAAUUUUACAAGGGUUGACAAGGGCAGUGAGAAGCCGACAGCUCCUUCCAUGGCAACGGAGUCUACUGCGGUAAUGCAAGAAAACCCAAAGCGCGGUGACGAAAAGGCGGAAAAGAAAGCUGUCGACGAAGAGCACCGCCCUGCGAAGUUCAAGGUUGAAGACGCGCAAUACCUUUCCGUCGAUGACUUUAGCUACGACCGCGGCAGCUUGAUGAGCGAGGUCCAGGUGUGCCAGCUGCGAACAAAAUCUGGGGCGCUUGUGUGGGUUCCGAUGGAAGACUACCUUCGGCUCAAACACGAGUACGUCAGGCUAGCCUCCAGCGACGAGAGCGAGUGGGACGACGGCAUCGUGAAGGGAGAGGACAUGAAUCGGCAGAAUGUGAAUGUCGGAAAGUAG